AUGGAGAAUCAUAACAGCAACGACCCGAAAGACCCCGCGAGCUUCCUCUCGUCCAUCAUCGGCGUGCCCGUCACCGUGAAGCUGAACUCGGGCGUCGUCUACAAAGGGGAACUGCAGUCCGUUGACGGGUACAUGAACAUCGCGCUGGAAAAGUGCCAGGAGUUUGUCAACGGCCAGCUGCGCAGGGACUAUGGUGAUGCCUUCGUGAGGGGUAAUAAUGGUGAGUGCCACUGCAAAUGGAUCUCGGUUGUGGUCUCUACUCGCGAAAGUGAAUGGAAUCCACAGCUGGCUACAUGA